GUAGCAAUUCGACUCGAGCGGUGUUUACUGGCAGGUCACGUGACUGCUUGCUGCCAGCGAGGAUUGAACCUGAAGGGGCUGCUACAGCUCUGUAGUGCUGUUUUGCGCUUCGCUGUGUCAUAUGCAGCUAUUAUUCGGCCCAGGAAUUCGGUACGGUUUCAGCUUAUCGUUUCGUUUCACAUGCUUUCAGCGACGAAGGAAUGAAGAGUCUUCUCAAUUAACGAUAUUGACAUGAAGAAGGACAUAGAGGUGCUGAUAGCAGAGGAACGUGCUGAGAUCAUCUCUAAGUAUAAUAAGGGUCGAGAGGCAGAUGUUCAAAUCGAUCCUUGGGAAGAUGCAGAUUAUAGCAUAUAUCGAGUCACAGAUCGCUUUGGAUUUCUUCAUGAAGAGGAACUGCCCACACCAAGUGCACUUGAAGAGAAGCAAAAGCAGGUGGAGAUUGAGAGGGUACAGAAAUGGCUGAAGAUGUCGAAAAACUGGAACAAGUACAGAAACAGUGAACGGAUGUUUAAAAGGGUGUAUAAAGGCAUUCCACUACAGCUGAGAGGGCAGGCCUGGGCCCUUCUCCUUGAUGUUGAGAAAGUGAAGAACGACAAUGUAGGAAAAUAUGAGAAAAUGAAGAUGCAAGCCCAGUUGUACUCCACAGAAAUCAAACAGAUUGACCUAGACAUCAACAGGACCUUUCGAAACCACAUUAUGUUUAUGGAUAGAUUUGGGGUAAAGCAGCAAUCUUUAUUCCAUGUGCUUUCUGCAUACUCUGUUUACAACACGGAAGUGAGUUACUGCCAGGGCAUGAGUCAGAUGGCUGCCAUUCUUUUAAUGUUCAUGAACGAAGAAGAUGCAUUCUGGGCUCUGUCACAGCUUUUAACCAAUCAGAAACAUGCUAUGCAUGGUUUCUACAUACCUGGAUUUCCCAAACUUCAGCGGUUCCAGAACCACCAUGACCAGAUUCUCUCCAAACUUUUACCCAAACUCAAGAAGCAUUUGGAUAAAGAGCAGAUGUCUAGUGGAAUUUACAGCACUAAAUGGUUCCUCCAGUGUUUCAUUGACAGAACGCCAUUCACUCUGACCUUACGUCUAUGGGAUGUCUUCAUCCUUGAGGGUGAGAAAGUUCUGACAGCCAUGGCUUACACAAUCCUUCAACUUCACAAAAAAAGUUUACUUAAGAUGUCUCUGGAAGACCUGAGAGAGUUCCUGCAGGAGAAGAUAGGAAAGUCCAUCUACCUCAAUGAUGACUUUGUCAUAGAGCAUCUGAAGGUUUCCAUGUCUGAACUUCGCAAAAUGAAGUUAGACCUCCCACCACCAGCCAAGCCUGAUGAGUUUCCACGGAUGCCACUUGGCCUGGAGCUGCCUGUAGUUCUGACUCCAUUAAAACAACCCAAACCCAGCCCUUCAGAAGAUACGCCCAACAAAGCCCAACUCGCCAAACGGCCCCCAACCUCUCUGCACAUCUCUUUACAGCAGGAGUGCAUUAUAUUGGAUGACAGCCCUCCACAAGACAAAAAAACCUUUAGAGAUGGAGGUACAGGCAGUAUGUCACCCCUCCCCUCACCUGACCCUGUCGUAGUGCACAGGCCGGUUCCCCUCACUCCUGACGGAAUGAUAGGUGCUCCUGAGGACGGUGGUGAAUGGCCUCCUCCAUAUGAACCUCCUAAAAAUACUGUCCCAGAGCUCAGUAAGGUGCAGCCUGAGAUGUGUCACCCUACUCCACCUCCAAAUUUAGAUGAUGCAUCGCUAUCCAAUAUAGAGCCUUCACAAACAUCUCUAUACUUUGAGCAGGACAGUUCAGAGACAACAGAGGGGUGUGUGGUGGGUCUUUUACCCUCAAAUAAAUUUCAAAAUGUCAUGGCUCACCUAUUGCAUCAAUCUUACAGUAUUUCCAAUAUUAAACAUCUACAUGAGGGACAGAAUAGAGAUCAUGAAAAUCAGUCUUCUGAUCAAUUUUCUGUUUUGCCCAAAACAUCCUCAGCACCCUGUGGACCUUCCAGGGGAAUUCCCACAGUUCACUCCGACCCUCUGUUUCAACACACACCUCACACCGCCCAACAUCUGCCUAAGUCUGAGACUUUUUAAACCGCCGGCCAUCUUAUACUUUAGUGCUUUGCUAAUGUUUCGUUGGAACGCGUAAAAUUUUGUGAAGCAAAUAAUGUAGUAUUUAACCUUUCAGAAGGAUAAGUUUUCUCUUGUAGGUUGCACUCAAAACAACACAGCAGGUCAUUUAAUUUUAUUUGGAGUGUAUAAAAGCCUUAUGUAAUUCUAACACUGUUGUAUACUGUAUGCGGCCUCAAAAACUUUGACACACUGCCAAGAGAAACUUGAUAACAAAAGUGAGCUGGCUCGCUGAAAACUUAAGUUAAGUUAUGAACAUAAUUAUAGCCCAAAACAUAAGUGCAUGUGGGUUUGUACAGAACAUCCAUUGAUUAAAGAAAUGAAUCACAUUCAGCAAUACGACACAUUUUCACUACAGCAUGUUGUAUUGUAGCAACAUGCAAAAUCAUCUAUAAGAUAAGAAGUUAUGCCUUUAUAGUAGAAAGUACUAUAAGUACCGAUCCAUGUUAAAUAGCACAGCAGCCUUUCCAGUAAAUAGUUACAUAUUUCUGUGGUCAUUUUAAUUGCCAUUUAUAGAUGGGUUCAGUCUGUGAUUUAUUCUGGUAGAAAAUACCACUAAUGCUAAACGGUAUAAUGGAAUGUGCAUUACAUGCACACUGAGAACCAGAGUAAAGCCUCAAAUUUAUAAAAGACGGCUACAGUGACUUGUUAUUUAACCUCACAUACAGAAAAGCUGAUGAUGGCAAUAAAAGCAUGACCUUGACUGAGACUGAA